AUGGCAGGCAGCUCCGCUCCUUGGGUCGGCAGUGCUUAUCUCUUCCUCCAGUCCACGUGCAAGACUAUUGUUCUGCCAUCUCUCUACGAAAGCUCCCAGAAGAAGCCUAGUGUGUUUAAGGCUCUGAAGCUGGCAUUUGCAGACUCCACCGGCAGCGUGAAUGGUGUCGACAUGCUGAAAGUGCACUGCAGCCACCCGCACCUGAUAGUCCAGCUCAAGUUCUGCAAGCAGGAGAACUGCCGCCGGUUCCUGCAGAGUUACCGGGAAGGAGCGCUCCAGGAGUCCCUCCAGAAUCACCUCCAGCUCUCCUUGGCCAUGACCACGGUGCCUCUUGAAAUGGAGCUGAAGGCUGGCAACGAGCACCUCGACAGCAUGCUGAAGGAUGAGGAUCGCUGCCUGGAAUGUAUCUACAGAGAAAAGCCUGACCGCCUGCAGGAUGCAGAAAUCACAGAGCUGGAGGAGUGCUUCCGGAGCCUGAUUGUUCACCAGAGCAUCAAUAACAAUAUGGCUGUAAAAGACUGUGCAUCUCUGAACUCCCCGCCUCUACCCUGUCCUCAAGGCAGCUCCCUUUCCCCACAGGUCACCUUCAUCUUUCAGGGACAAGAGUUCGCCAACAGAAUGCUCACACCGGACGACCACCAGAAAUUUGCCAAGCUCGUGUCCAAGAAAUGGAAGCAAGUGGGUCGCUCUUUGCAGAAGAACUGCCGGGCCCUGCGUGAUCCUGUCAUUGAUAACCUGGCCCUCGAAUAUGACCGAGAGGGACUAUAUGAACAAGCCUAUCAGCUGCUUCUCAGAUUUAUCCAGUCAGAGGGGAAGAAAGCCACAAUAGCACGGCUGAUCGCAGCCCUGGAAGAAAAUGGUCUCAUCAGCUUGGCUGAGGAGCUCUUGGGCCUCCAUUCCAAUGAGGACUGCUCCUAG